ACACAUAGAGAGCAACAGGUCCAAAUCCUGCCUGCGCACGGCCACGAGAAGAUUGUGGUUGGCCUGAACCGUCGGCUCUGAAUAACUUUAUUUUAGCGGCUGCACAUAAAGCUCUGUAAACCGGAGCCCUGAUGUUCCGGGUAGUGGCAGAGCACGUCAAGCGGCACCCUGGGCUCAUCCCCCAGUUCUUCUUUAUCUGCCUGGGAAUGGGUGGUGCAUCCUUAUAUCUGAUCCGGCUGGCCAGAGGACCACAUGUCACCUGGAACAAGUCCGAAAACCCUGAACCAUGGAAUAAUCUCGACCCCACAUACCAGUACAAGUUUGUGGCCAUCACCACAGACUAUAAAAACCUGAAGAAGGAGGGUCCUGACUUUUGAACCUCACAAGCCAGAGUCAAAUGGAA